AAUCGGCGCCGGCGGCCUCCGCGGUUUCCGCCUUCGGGUAGGCGCCUGCGGCAUCAACAAAGCACACAGCCGAAACCGAAGCCUUUUCUUUCUUCCGCCCCAAGAAGCUGUGCCACGUGUUUCCUCCUUCCCCUCCUCGAUUUAACCGCCCCAUCUCGAGUCCCCCCAUCACAGCUUCCACUCCACGAAAACCCUCUGCCUCCUUCGCUCGCUGCACCCUCGUCUCGGCGAUCCAUCCAUGGCUGCCAGGAAGUUCUUCGUCGGCGGCAACUGGAAAUGCAAUGGGACAGGGGAGGACGUGAAGAAGAUCGUCACCGUCCUCAACGAGGCCGAGGUGCCCUCCGAGGACGUCGUCGAGGUGGUGGUGAGCCCGCCGUUCGUGUUCCUGCCGCAGGUGAAGGGUUUGCUCCGGCCGGACUUCUCCGUCGCCGCGCAGAAUUGCUGGGUGCGCAAGGGCGGCGCCUUCACUGGCGAGAUCAGUGCCGAGAUGUUGGUGAACCUGCAGGUGCCUUGGGUGAUUCUGGGACACUCUGAGCGGAGAGCGCUGAUGGGCGAAUCAAGUGAUUUUGUUGCUGACAAAAUUGCGUACGCACUUUCCCAAGGUAUCAAGGUAAUUGCUUGCAUUGGUGAGACCCUUGAACAGAGAGAAGCAGGAACAACGAUGGAAGUUGUUGCAGCGCAAACUAAAGCUAUUGCAGAGAAGAUAUCCGAUUGGACCAAUGUUGUUUUGGCAUAUGAACCAGUUUGGGCCAUUGGAACCGGCAAGGUUGCAACCCCUGCUCAGGCUCAGGAGGUUCAUGAUGGUCUGAGAAAGUGGCUUGUGACUAAUGUUAGUCCUGCAGUUGCUGAAUCAACCAGGAUUAUUUACAGAGGCUCCGUAAAUGGAGCAAACUGCAAAGAACUUGCUGCUAAACCUGAUGUUGAUGGAUUCCUUGUUGGAGGAGCUUCAUUGAAGCCUGAAUUUGUGGACAUCAUCAAGUCUGCUACCGUCAAGUCUUCUGCUUAGUGUUCUGGGUUGCAACCAGAUGAUCGUAGGAGUUAAUGCUGCCAAUUUUAAGUUAUGACAUGUUUGACCAGCUUGCUUUGUUAUAUCUCGAAGUCAGUGAACUCCAUAUCGUUCCAUAGAGCAUGCAGCCACCUGUGGUUGCUUUUUUUCUUUUUGACUUUUUCUCCCGAGAGGAUCAGAUGAACUGAAAGUGCCGUUAAUGUCUGUAUUAUCAGAAGUUUGUUGAUGGCUUGAUGCUAUAAUAGUUGAACCUGAUACUUCCUGAGUGAAGUACUGUCCUUUGCAUGUUUGAUUGAUGAUUACUUGUUUUCGUAGUCAAACGGGCUAUCAUGAAGGAUAUACUACAUGUUUGUUAAGUUUGUUA